UCGACAUUCGCGAGUUGGUACUGAAGCGCCAUAUUGGUUUCUCCGCAGAGUGAAAAGUUGAAAAAAAGUUGGUAAAAAAUUGUUAAAAAUUGUCAAAAAAGUGGUAAUAAAUAAACAAUUAAGUAAUUAAUCAAUAAUACAAGAGUUUGCAAUACAAAAGAGAUCGUGAAUAUUGUGCGCCAAGUUCCCCCCACACUCGAGAAAAGUAUUUGUGUGGUGAGAGAAAAAAAAAGAAGCAAGAGGAAGAAGCAAACAGCGUUGUCGUCGUCGUCGCUAUUCUGCCUCCGCCUCUGUUUCAGCCGCUGUCGCCGCCGACGCCGCAGUCGUCGUCGUUUGUUUCGUGUGUGAGCGUGUAAAUGUAAUAAGGACCAACAAGAAUACAACAACUACAACAAGACGUUAUGAGUGUCGCUGCAAUGACUUUGGACGAUCAGAGACCCUUGAUGCACAGUUACGAUAAAAUGCCAACAGCAACAACAAAAUAUGAACAAAAUUUAAGUGGUGGAGGUGUUACAGGAGUUGGGGGAGGCGGUGGCGUUGGGGUAACUGGAACUGGUACUGGUUCUGGUCCAGCGUCGCCAACUCCUUCGGCUUUUGAGGAGCAGCAACAGCAACAACAACAGCAGCAACAACAACAACAGCAGCAGCAGCAGCAACAACAACAACAACAACAGCAAGAACAACAACAACGCCAACGUCUGCUAGAAGAUGAAAUUGAAUCCCUUAAGUUGGACCAAACUCGUUUGGGCCAACAGUGUGCCGAUGCUCAGCGACGGGAGAAAAUUCUCAUGCGACGUCUGGCCAACAAAGAACAAGAGUUUCAGGAUUAUGUGAGUCAAAUUGCCGAAUACAAAGCUCAACAGGCACCAACUGCCUUGGCCCUGCGAACUGCAUUGCUUGAUCCUGCCGUCAAUUUACUAUUCGAACGUCUCAAAAAGGAAUUGAAGGCCACCAAGGCCAAAUUGGAGGAAACACAGAAUGAACUAUCGGCUUGGAAAUUCACACCGGACUCAAAUACGGGCAAACGUUUAAUGGCCAAAUGUCGUUUGCUUUAUCAAGAGAAUGAGGAGCUGGGUAAAAUGACCUCAAAUGGUCGUUUAGCCAAACUGGAAACGGAAUUGGCCAUGCAAAAGAGCUUCAGUGAGGAGGUCAAGAAAUCACAAUCGGAAUUGGAUGACUUCCUGCAAGAGUUGGAUGAGGAUGUUGAAGGCAUGCAAAGUACCAUAUUAUUUUUACAACAAGAACUGAAAACCACACGCGAUCGCAUUCAAACCUUGGAGAAGGAGAAUUUACAACUUAAGCAAGCCAAUACAAAGGACGAACAGCAAAAUGUGGUAACAACGCCGCCGGCAGCUACAAAUGGUACCGCUAAAUCUAAACUGGAGACAAUAAGUGAGGAAAUGACAACUACAACAACAACAACAACAACGUCGGCAGCAACAACAACAAUACUCUCCAAUCCAAAUCCUCCGCCCACUAAUCCUGACUAUUUCAAUGGUGCCUGUAAUAACAACGAACAGAUUGCUGAACACAUAAUCCAAGAUAAUGAUAGUAAUAGCAAUAGCAACAGUAAUAGCAAUGGCAAUGGCAACGGCAACGCUGCAAGAUUGGCACGCAAAAGGAACUAUGAAGAGCCGCCAAUUGGCAAUGCAAAUCCACAUUCAGUUGCUCUCAGUUAUAGUGUCGAGGAGACGACAACGACGACGGCGACAAUUACUGCCAUGAGGGAAGUAAGUGCACCGAGAACAUUGCCACCGAAAAAGUCCAAACUGCGAGGUCUAACCACAAGACGAAGCUCACAAAUUGAGGAUGAGCUGCAACAGCAGCAGCAGCAGCUCCACCAGGCCAUGACUCUAAUAUUGGACAAUGCAGCUGUGAAAGUAGGAAUUCCCACUGAAGAUCCAAAUGCCGCAACUAUCACGCCAAUGACAACAACAACAACAACAGCCACAUCCGAACCGGUUGCUGCAACAACUUUAGUUGAUGCAGCUGCCACAUCAUCUGUAAUACCACCAACAGGUGCAGCUGCACGAAUUCUAACCCGACGACGUUCAGUACGCAUGGAACAAAAUGGAGCGGGGGUUGUUGAUUAUUCAACCUAAAACGGAGAAGAGAAAAGAAAUAAAAAACAAACGUUGAUAAAAACUGGAAAACUUUUUUAAAAAAAGUCUUUGCUAACACAAAAAAAUUUGAUUUUGACGGUUUUCUUUCUAAGCCAAUUCAUUUGUUGAGAUUUUUCUUUGAAAAUACCGAAAAGAGACUUUAUAUUUGAUUUAAUUUUCAUUUUCUAUACAUAUAUAUAUAUAUGUUUUAUAUAUAUAUAUAUAUAUCUUAUAUGUUUUUUUUUGUCUUGUAAAAUACGUUUACCAUUUGAUUAGCAAGCGAAAAUGCUUGCACACACUUACAUAUAUAUACGCUAAAAUGUAAAAGUCACCGAUAUAUAUACACAUAUAUAUAACAAUAUUUACAAAUCAAAAAAAAAAAACACAAAAAAAAACAAACAAUAUUUUAAUUGAACUUAGCUGAAGAAAAACAGUUCUUAAAAACAAAUAUCAUUAUAUAGCUAAAUUAGUUUUAAAAUUAAUUAAUGAAUUAAGCCAUUUUUUUGUAAUGCAAAAAAAAAAAAAACAAAAACUAAACAUUUACAAAACAAAAAACGAAAAAGAAAACCAGAAAAAGUUGUGUAAAAUAAUCUAAAUUAUGUUAAAAUAAACAUUGUUAAGCAUCAACAGUAAAAUUGAAA